GAAUGCUGAAGCUGGGCAAGUCCUGUCAGCCUUCUGUGACUCAUUUCCUUGUUUGGCUGAAAAGUGCUACUGACUCCACUGUGCGAAGGGUCUGUGCAGGGAUCCAGAGAGAGACUAAGGAGAUGCCUCUUUCUGAACCUCACGGUGGAUUUUCUGGUUCAGACCAGACUUCCUGAGCCAAGAGCUUCUUGUAAGCAAAGCAUUUCUGAAGGCCUCAAACUGUCUGAUUGCAAAAAGCAGACACGGAAGUUUCGAUGGAGACACGCUGGAUGCUGAUGGGAGCUGACCACAAGGCCAAGCAAGGUCCAAAAAGCAGAGAGCGCUUGCACCCAAGCAAGAAUGAGGAAAUGGAGGGGGAGCAGCAUCAGGAUCUGAGAGAUCUGGCAUCUAAACACCCAAACCUGAUGCUGGUGAAGCUGGAUGUUGCAGAUCCCUCAGCGAUUGUCAACGCGGCAAAGAUUGUGGAGGGGAAGCUGAACGGCGCAGGGCUGAACCUGCUGAUAAACAAUGCUGGCAUCUUUACCCCGGUGUCACUGGAGACAGUGGACUCUGAAGAUAUGAUACGGGCAUACAAGACCAAUGCAGUGGGACCGCUGCUGAUGGCCCAGGCGUUCCUGCCCCUCUUGAAGAAGGCUGCCCAGGACGGCAAGGAAAAAAGACUGAGUUGCAACAAGGCAGCCAUCAUCAACAUCUCCUCCUUCUUGGGGUCCAUCAAGGGAACUCCUGAGUCCUACUUCAAGCCGGUCAUCUCCUACCGCUGCAGCAAGGCUGCCCUCAACAUGCUCACCAUGUGCCAGGCUCUGACUUAUGGUGAGGCUGGGAUCCUGUGCGUGGCACUUCACCCCGGCUGGGUGAAAACUGACAUGGGCACCCAGGAGGCUGACCUGACGGUGGACACGAGUGUGCGGGGGCUGCUGUCAGUGCUGCCCAUCCUCUCUGAGAAGCACAGCGGGAUGCUGCUCAACUGGGAAGGCAAAGCAAUUCCAUGGUGAGCCCUUUGAGGGACCACGCAGUGCCAGGGGUACCCUGAGUCCCCAGGAUGAUCAUCACGGCGUGGCAUGCAAGUAACCUACCCAGGACUCUGCCACUGGCUGUGCAGGGCAGGCUGUGAUCCCUGCAUCUGAAUGGCUAAUAAACGCAAUGGUCAAGUAA